AUGACCUGCGGAUCAGGGUUUGGUGGCCGCGCCUUCAGCUGCAUCUCGGCCUGCGGGCCCCGGCCUGGCCGCUGCUGCAUCACCGCCGCCCCCUACCGUGGCAUCUCCUGCUACCGCGGCCUCACUGGGGGCUUUGGCAGCCACAGCGUGUGCGGAGGCUAUAGGGCCGGCUCCUGUGGACGCAGCUUCGGCUACCGCUCUGGGGGCGUGUGCGGGCCCAGCCCCCCAUGCAUCACCACCGUGUCGGUCAACGAGAGCCUCCUCACGCCCCUCAACCUGGAGAUCGACCCCAACGCGCAGUGUGUGAAGCAGGAGGAGAAGGAGCAGAUUAAGUGCCUCAACAGUAGGUUCGCGGCCUUCAUCGACAAGGUGCGCUUCCUGGAGCAGCAGAACAAGCUGCUGGAGACAAAGCUGCAGUUCUUCCAGAACCGCGAGUGUUGCCAGAUUCAAAGUGGAGAGAGAAUCCCAGACACAUCCCACAUCCAACCGGAAAGCACUCAGCUAGUCUGCCAGGCCCGGGCUGUGUAUGAGGAGGAGGUUUCUCUGAGAGCAACAGCUGAGAACGAGUUUGUGGCUCUGAAGAAGGAUGUGGACUGCGCCUACCUCCGCAAGUCAGACCUGGAGGCCAACGUGGAGGCCCUGAUCCAGGAGAUCGACUUCCUGAGGCGGCUGUAUGAGGAGGAGAUCCGCGUUCUCCAGUCCCACAUCUCAGACACCUCUGUGGUUGUCAAGCUGGACAACAGCCGGGACCUGAACAUGGACUGCAUCGUCGCCGAGAUCAAGGCACAGUACGACGACAUUGUCACCCGCAGCCGGGCCGAGGCCGAGUCCUGGUACCGCAGCAAGUGUGAGGAGAUGAAGGCCACGGUGAUUAGGCAUGGGGAGACCCUGCGCCGCACCAAGGAGGAGAUCAACGAGCUGAACCGCAUGAUCCAGAGGCUGACGGCCGAGGUGGAGAACGCCAAGUGCCAGAACUCCAAGCUGGAGGCCGCGGUGGCCCAGUCUGAGCAGCAGGGUGAGGCGGCUCUCAGUGACGCCCGCUGCAAGCUGGCCGAGCUGGAGGGCGCCCUGCAGAAGGCCAAGCAGGACAUGGCCUGCCUGAUCAGGGAGUACCAGGAGGUGAUGAACUCCAAGCUGGGCCUGGACAUUGAGAUCGCCACCUACAGGCGCCUGCUGGAGGGCGAGGAGCAGAGGCUAUGUGAAGGCGUUGGGGCUGUGAAUGUCUGUGUCAGCAGCUCCCGGGGUGGGGUCGUGUGCGGGGACCUCUGCGUGUCAGGCUCCCGGCCAGUGACUGGCAGUGUCUGCAGCGCUCCGUGCAAUGGGAACGUGGCGGUGAGCACCGGCUUGUGUGCGCCCUGUGGCCAGUUGAACACCACCUGCGGAGUGGGUUCCUGCGGCGUGGGCUCCUGUGGUAUCAGUUCCUUGGGUGUGGGGUCUUGCGGCAGCAGCUGCCGGAAAUGUUAGGCACCCCAACUCAAGUCCCAGGCCCCAGACAUCUUUCCUGCCCUGCCUUGCUCGGCCCAUCCAGUCCAGGCGCCUGGAGCAAGUGCUCAGCUACUUCUCCUGCACUUUGAAAGACCCCUCCCACUCCUGGCUUCGCAUUUCUCUGUGUGAUCCCCUACUUCUGGGCUCUGCCACCCCACAAUGGGAAAGGCUGCCCUAGAAAGAAGUCCCCUGGCAGCCACAGGAAGGGGCCUCAGGAACAGGAAGGGCCAGGACCAGAACCUUGCCCAUGGCCACUGCCUUCCUGCCUCUCCCCUUCUUCCUCUGCCCUUGAUCUGUGUUUCAAUAAAUUAAUGUAGCCAA